AUGGACAUCGACGACAUCCUCCGCCAAGUCGACCCUGCCAGCCACUCCAUCCCCUCCGGCACAAGCGAUCUCCAGGCCCUGACGCGACGAUGGGUGGCGGAGCGCUCAGCGCCCGAGCUGUUAGGUAUUGUCCCUCUCCUGACACAGAGAGCGACCGAGCGAACGAGCAGUUGGCCGUCCGACGGGCUCUUUGAACGAGUCAACGACCGCAUCAAGGCGCAGAUUGAAAAAGUCCAAGACAUGACGGGCGACAUGGAUCCCAAGACCAACUUUGCCCUCAUUGUCCUGCAGACAGAGCUGGAGCGGUACAAAUUCCUCGUGAGAAGCUACCUGCGCGCCCGAAUCUCCAAGAUUGACAAACACACGCUCCAUUACCUGUCUACCCGAGAGCUCAGAGAUAGAUUGUCCCCGACCGAACUGGCCUACGCGACGAGACACCAGGCCCUCCUGCACAGUCACUACCUCUCCUCGUUUCUGGGCACUUUCCCACAGCAGCUGCAGAACUUGAACGACACAGCGGGGAACAUCAGCAUGAUUGACGCGCCAGACUUGGAUACCGCAGUCUUCAUCCGCAUGCUGAGGGGGGCCGACGUCCACGGCGUCGGGACGGACGCCGACGUCACGCUGCCCGCAGAGGAGGGCGACGUCUUGAUCCUGAGGUGGUCCAGCGCCAGCCCGUUGGUGCAGCACGGGGAUGCGGAGCUAGUGUGA